UUAUACUUUUCACGGAUGAGUUGGGUCAUAUUUCCCACUGGAGAGCCAUCAUGGCAGGGAGUCUGGCUGGCAUGGUUGCAACUGUCGUGACUUACCCCACUGACGUCAUUAAAACACGGCUCAUCGUGCAGAACCGACUGGAACCGUCCUAUGGAGGAAUUCUUCAUGCUUUUUACAAGAUUCAUCAUCAAGAAGGACUCCUUGCACUCUACCGUGGUGUUUCACCAGCUAUAUUGGGUGCUGUCCCGUUUUCUGCGGGCUCAUUCUUUGUUUACAUCAAUCUGGACAAAAUCUGGCAAGAACCCACCACUCAUUUCACUCCUCUUCAGAACUUCAUAAACGGCUGCAUAGCAGCUGGUGUGGCACAGACGCUUUCUUUCCCCUUUGAGACUGUCAAGAGGAAGAUGCAGGCACAGAGUCCUUGGCUUCCCCACUAUGGAGCAGUUGAUGUCCAUUUUAAUGGCAUGGCUGACUGUUUCCGGCAAACUGUGAAGAGCAAGGGUGUGCUCGGACUCUGGAGUGGACUCACACCCAGUCUGCUCAAGCUAACUCCUGGUGUGGACCAGAGUUUACAGCCACAGGAACUGAGAGAAUUAAAGCUCCUUCGAAGGGACAAUUUUGAGCCAAGGAAAUCGACUCUUGAAAACUGA